AUGGACUUUACACACGGAACAGGACGGCAUGCCGGUCGACGCUACCACUGGUGCCUGCCAUGCGGCAUCCUUUUCGGGCUUAUGGCAUUCGUGACGAUGCUGACUUUCGGCGUCCUCAGCUACAUUGACCAUGGUGGGAUUGCCCACUGUGUUGAAGGUGACUGGAGGGCAACCAGGAAGGUCCCAAAGCCCGGGUACCCUGAAUCUCUGGAACCCGAUGACCAAGUUGCCAUAGCGAGCGGGAAGGUCCCCGAGGAGUUGGUGGUCCAGGAAGGACAGCUGCAUGUCCGCAGCGAUGACCCUGCUCGCAGAUAUGCCGAGCAGGAGCAGGUGGCCGAACACGACACGGACGCGGAUGAGGCGUCCGGAGCCGAAGAUCGGCGGCGGCAGAUCAGGUUGCCCAAGCUGCCCAUCCCCUCAGAGAUCCUCGAUAUUCCCAUCAAGAUCCCAACGCGCGUCUCAGAAAUCCUCGGUGACCUGCCUAUCCCCACGAUUCCCACUGACCCGGGAGACAUCAUCGACAGUCUGCCUACCGACCCAGGAGAGUUGAUCAGCGACCUGCCUAUUCCCACGCUCCCCUCGAUCCCUGCGAUCCCCACGCUACCGGUCCCCGUCCCGAUCCCGACAAAGAUCCCGGACCUACCCAUUCCCACCGGCACGAACCUUCCGGGCGUGCCACUUCCCACCGUCCAACCACCCAGCAAGCCCAAAGACCCCUACAAGCUGCCCGACCUCACCGAAAUCCCCCACCGGGUCCUGACCCUGCUACACGGCUCCAUCAGCAAGCUGAGCACCAGCAAGGACACCCCGAAGUACCUCCGCGACGUCCUCCGGCUGAUCCUCCGGAUCCUCAACCGCGUCGCUGGCGGCAAACCCGUCCCCGACCCGUGGCCGUCCAAGACGCUCCCGUUGCCAACAAAGACGAAGCUGCCGCUCCCCACGCUGACCGUCCCGACGGUUCCCAGGUUCCCGCCGCUGCCGAGGCCGACGCUGACCCUGCCCACCGGGCCAAAGCGACCCGGAAGGCCGGACAGCAUCGAGCGGGCCGCGGAGGAGGCGCGGGACGAAGGCGGCGGCGGCGAGGAGCUGCUGAGCGACGAGAGGCGCAAGCAGCUCCGGGCCUCUGUGGCCGACGAGGUGUGGGCCGGGGCUGACUGGAGCAACCCGCUCCUUGCGCCCCUCACGGCGGCGGCGGCCAUGCUCACGUUUGAUGCUGUCUACGCGGUCGCGGGGAAGUGGAAGGAAACAGACGACGAGGGUGAGAAGGACAGGCUGUUGGGCUUGUUUGUUGUUGUCAAUGAUGAUGAGUAG